GCGGUAUCUGCGCACGGGCACACCAGCUAGAUGGCGUCUUUAGGAGUGUGUAAAAUUAAUCAGGAAAGUUACCUGAAUGCAAACGCGAUUUUAAAAGUCGCAUCUGCUGAUUAAGUGGGCAAAUCGAGUGCUCCUCGCGCCACAAUUAGUCCGUGGUACAGUGGCCUCACUAAUUGCGCAAAACACACAUCUGUAAGCGCAUAUUAACCGUAUAUUUUAAAGCGGUAAAUCUGCGCUCUUUGCUAAUUUUCAUUUUCGUGGGAAAAUCGCAAAGGGCUGAAACCUGCGAUAAUGGAUAUUUUUGAUAUGGUCAAAGCGGCGCCGCCGCCGCAAACUAUUAAUCCGGUGGACACCAAGCUCUCCACUCCGUCGCCCAUACCGCCCGAUUCGCCAAUCGACGUAAAUGACCUCCUGGAGAGUGGAAACCAAUUGGACGAGAAUGACUUGCGCAUGUCGAGAAAAUCAAAGAAUGUCGAACAGUGCAGCAUUGAUCUGUUUGAUUCGGAAACAUCAUUCGACCAUCUCGACGAGUCAUUGGCCAAGAGGAAGCGUAAGAGCGUGGCUAACUCAAAACCAAACAAAAGCAGGAAAUCCACUGUCUCUGCAUCGACGCCGCACAACAAGAGGCCAAAAGUGUCCAUUGACGACGACGGCGAGGCCAUCGAGGAGGACCAGCAAUCGAUGGUGGUCGUUCCCACCAAGACGAAGGCUCAGCAAAAGAUGUUCAGCGAUCAGCAGUCGCCGAAUGUUAAAAGAAAGGUGCGGGUGCUAUUACGUCGCCUGAAACAGACAGAAAUCGAUUCGGCCGUCGAAUCUUUGGCCAAUUCAUCAUUUAUCAAUGUGCCCGAGAUCGUUAACCAGAGCGGUACUAGUGGCCGUAGCAGGCACAAAAAGAGAAAAACGUCACCUAAGAAACAAAAGUCAUCAACAGCGCAGACCAAUUUCCACAUCAAAGUUCCUUUGCAGAAUGGCGCCAAAAAGCGUGCUCUGAACCACUCGUUGCGCGCUCAUACACCGCCGCCCAGUUUGGCCAAGAGUUCUGAAAGCACACACUCCGCACUGAAGCGAAGUCCCAAGCCCAAGAUCAAGGCGAAGAGAUUAUCCAGUCGCGGACGCAACACCGAUCCGGAUUUGGUUAAGCGUUAUGGCGCGCAUUUCUUUGGCUGUGUGGUGAAGGUGAGGAGGACGCGUUUACCAAGUGCCAAGUGGCCUGACUGCAAACCGCCUCCCAUUGGCGACGGAGUUGUCAGGAAGGUGUAUCCCAAGAAGGCGGUAUCCUUCAGCGAGGCCGUCGAGAUUCUGGGCAGCCCCGGGGGUCCAUCACGUCGGUCUACUUUCGGUUCGCUUUCAUCGAGAGGAGCUCCGAAACCGACACGACUGCAGCGUGUGGAUGCCACUGGCAAUGUGCUGGAGGACAUAGCACUGACCUCCACGCCGCUCUUCUCGUCAUCUUCUGGAGGCUCGCGCGAGCGGGUUAGGCGCCGCUCAUGCAACGGUACGCCUGUGGUCGGAAGGCUCAAGUUACGCAGGUUGGGCCGCCUAAGCAUAGACAACAGCUCCUCCAGGUCUGAUGGAGGUGGAGAUAAUGAUGAUGACGAUGAGGAGUAUAUAGUGCCCAACGAUGUGCCGGGGUCCCAGAGAUCUGGAACGCCUCCGCCCAAGAAAAAGAAGAUAUCCUUCACCACGACCAUCAGUGAUGAUGAGGACGAAAAGCCGGUACUAAAAAAGCAGAAGGAUGCACAAAAAAAGCAGCCAAAACCCCUAAAAGAAAGAUCAAACAAAAAGACGGACAAGAUGCUAAACGAAAAGGAGACGACUGACAAAAUGCAAACGAAAAAGGAGAAAAAAACGGAAAACUCACCAGUUGUGGAAAUUGAAUCCUCCGAUCCUGAUGUCGAAAUCAAACCACCAGUGAAGGAAAUCGAAACGAAUGAGCGAGAGGGAGACGCACACGAAACUGAGACAAAUGAAGUAGAAAGAGAUAGAGAAGAACAAUUUGUGGAUGCAACAGAGAAAAAUACAGAUGAGGCGAAGGAAAAAAAAGUAGUAAAAGAUAUGCCAGAGUUAAAAGAGGCUGACAAUUCGGAGGAAAAAUCGGAAGAUGCUCGAGAAGAAGUUUUGCUAGACGAGGACGAGAAAAAUCUGGAGGAAAAUGCAGCUGAAAUCAGCGAUAACGCCGUCAAAUCUUUAGAAAAACCAACGAACGAAGACAGGGUUGAGAAAGUAGAGGACGAGGUCGAGCAUGCCGAGGAGUUCAGUGACUUGCCGACCCCACCACAGCUCCCGUCCACAACUGACGAUAACGAAGAUGACGUGCUGGAGAUCCAGACGUCGUUGGACGAUGUCCGUCAAUUGCAUACGCCAUCAUCCCGCCAGAGUACGCCCAAAUCGCGCAGUCGCCUCGAUUCCGGUGACUCCGAUUGCAGCUUUAAGUCCGCCAGCGAUAACGCCAAGCUGCUAGCUGGACAAGCCAUUGAGGAAACAGAGCAGAAAGCAAGCAAAGCGCCGAACGAUGACGAGGAUCAACAAACAGCAGCAACCAUCAUCGGUGAUCCCAUCGAUUCACCCGAACUGCCGGCCGAGCUUAUGACCCCGCCCUCGGCGCCCAGGACAGUGAAUGGUGAACCCACCAGCGAAUCCAGAUCAACGGCAACGACAUACUACUCGCCCAUGGAGGAUCCCAUGGCCACGCUAGAUGACGUCAUCAUGGACCAGCUAUCCGAACCCAACUUUCAGUUGAACUCCAGCCGCCAUGCCAUCUCGAGGGGUACACUGGACGAAAUAAUGACCGCGUUAGAAUCGUAGUAAGCUGGCAAAUUGCGCACCAAGUACAGAUAGACAGAUACAGAUCGAAACCGAAGCAUACACACAGACACAGACAUAGCUACAAACUCACACGCACACACGUAGGUUUAUUAAGGACCGAUUAAUUUGUACAUUUAACUGAAUUUAUAAUUAGUUCUCCCUACGAUCAAGAAGUAGUCUUACGUUUAUUUUUAAAGACAUAUUCAAUUUAUAUGCAAACUCACGUUGAAAAUACCAAAGUAUUUUUGCAAGAGAAAGCUAUUGGUGCAAACGUUAAUAUUUUGCACUUAUAUGAUUGCUAAAUUAGUCAGCAAAACAGGGACAAAAUUUAACACAGCUCACUCACUCAACUUGCAAAUGUGUGCGAUAGACCGUAAAAAUUAAUAUUUUAAUAUUAUUAACGGUUAAGCGGAAUCAGAAAAUCAAUUUUCAAUGUUUAAGCUACUUAAACAGAGCGUUACGUUAGUUUGACUUUCAAGAAUACGUAUUGUUCGUUUCUCAUCCUUUUUUUUUUUGACAACUUAGAUUUAAGAAACACUUGCGUUCAUGCACAUAUAUAAAUAUAAAUAUAUAUAUUUAAGUAUGGAUCGUCUUAAAUGUACUGUAAGUUCAAUGUAUUAAUGUACAUCAUCAUCAUAAAAUGUAUGUAUGUAAAAAGAAAACAGAUUAAAAAUGGAUAAAAUAUGUUGCCAGUUUUCAAUGGGAUUGGCUGAGAAACUUUUUCGAAAUUUGCCGCCAUUUGAAGAUGUUGCCACAUUCGAACAUUGACGUUGCCAUAUUGUGAAAAGUCUUGUACCGUUUAUUUUAAGCUAUGUAAAAAUGAUGUUAUUUUUAUUACCUAACAUGUUUUUUUUUUCACAGAAUAUUCUACAGUUAAUUUAUACAGAUUGAAUAAAUUUAAUGUGCUAGAAAGAG